CUACAGUACUCUUACAUUCCCUUAUACUAUAUAAAUUCAUCACAUUCUGUGAAACAACUCAAGUUAUCUAAUUAACUCUCCUUCUUUGUUUUCAAUCUCCUUCUUCCUUCAGAUAUUAUGGCUAAGAUUGCAAGAGUAUUUAUAAGUAGAUUACUAAUUGCAACAGAAGUUGCUCCUUCAAAAUUUUUAAAUCAACAUGUAGUGAAGAGCCCACUUCCUAAAGUGUUGGCAACCAUCAAUGAAGAAGAGGCUUAUGCUUGAAGAGUUGUUUGGCCAAAUCAUUGAAAGAAAACAGCACAUAUCAUGCCUCUCUUAUAGUUAUAUAGUUUUGAUAUGCUAAUUAUAACUAUGGUAUGGGGGGUUAUCAUGCAUGUGAUAUAUUAUGUAUUGUCUCUUCUUCUUCUUUAGUUUUCUUUACUUUUCUGUUUCCUUUUUUUUUUUUUUGGCUCCUCCAUUUUCCACUCUUUAUUUUGGGUGCUUCUUUAUUUUGCUGCAUUUCUCAUGGCCAACUUCAAUCUUGCAAUUUUUAUUGCUUCUUUUUUAUCAGGGGUGAAUGAGUUACCUUUUUUUUUCCCCUGUUUGCCGUUAGGUCGAACGAAUGUAUCAGCAGUUGAAAUUGAAGAACUUUUUCUUAUUUGUUUUAUGCCCAUUAUGAGUUUUUCUAAUCCCAGCCUCCAUCCUAUUUUAUUUGAAGGUGUUUGAAUAGUUAUGAAACAUAAAAAACUUUAAGUGAGUGGUGGUGGGAGUUUCAUAUAUCUUUUCAUUUUAUAAAAGACGAGCUUUUAUAUCAAACUAGUUCUAGUUUAUAACAACUCAUGUCAUUAAGAGUAAAAUACAGAUACUAAGAUAUAAUUUCUUAAAAUAAAAAAAUGUCAUUCUUUUUAAAAUGGACUAAAAAAAGUGUAUCAAAUAAAAUAAAUAUAGAAAGUAUAGUUAUAGAUACUCCUAUUUUUUCAUAUUUAUUGAGCUAUCUGUUUCAAGGACUAAGUUUGAUAUCAUAAUGCAGCACCAUAUACAUAAUUAGGAUUGUGCAUAGAAGAGUAUAUAUAUACAAGUGUUAAAAGAAAAUAGAAAGCUAACCAAAGAGUGUAACAUUAGAGGUGGAGAUAGAAUUUUUAGUUUAUGAGUUUUGGAUAACGAUUCUUUAUGCCUCUUUAUUUCUAGGGAGAGCUUGUGAAAUUUUCAUUAAUGAUCUUACUGAAUAUCUUGAUGACUUUGCAAAGGUGUUGGAGACUUAAAAACAGGCUAAUGUGAGUAAUGAAUCCACCCUAAUUACUAAAAUCUGUUGCCGAAAUCUUAAUGAACUGGUCUUUGUUAGUUGUUACCCUUACUAACAUAAAGUACAGAGUCAUUUUUCUAAAAAAAAAUAAUGAUCUCAAUAAUUUAAAUACCUGUACUACAUAAAGAUCCCUUUUUUUGGUCAAUUAUGUUAACACUAUAAAUCGAACUAGUCACUUAGGUCAAAAAGAGAACCAAAGAAAAUCAAGAUAAUGCGUGGACUCUUUAGCGUAAAUAUGUUAUUAGAAACCGUAAGAUCAUGCUAAUGCAUGGUCCAACGCUUAUGUACUACUAUAACUUAAUAGGCUGUCAACAUUUCUAAGUUCUGAAGAACAAAAUGAGAAAAUUAAUAUUACCAUACACAAAAACUCCGGUUGUUUAAAUAUUAAUGUCCAUUGGUUUUAGACGGUAAAUAAUAGUAAAACCAUAUAUAAUGGGUGAUUUACCCUAUCAAUAGGUUGAAAGAUGGUCAUCAACAAUUCUUUCUCCUAAAAAUUUGUCUGUCAAUUCUUUGCACCCUCCAAUAUUUUGUACGGCAAAUAUAGAAAACAUCAACAAACUCUCAACCUUGAACCAUCCUUCUUUUACCUCCAUAUAACACCAUCCAUUUUCCUUGUCAACAAAAUGCUAUAAGCAGCCUUUGGUCUGUCUUUAGGGGGUCUUAACCAAAAAACAAAAAAAUGGCUAAUCCUCCAAACAUAAAGGCCUUAGGUUGCUUUCUUCUUCUUCUUCUUCUCAAUCUUGUAUCAUUUUCAUCCUUUUCUUUUGCAUUAACUGAUGAUGAAGCCGCUUUCAUCGCUCGUCGCCAGCUCACCGCUGGUACGGGUGAUCUUCCUAAUCCAGUUGAAUAUGAGAUGAACAUUAACUUGACAUUUGCAAACGCUAGGCUUAAGAGGGCCUACAUUGCUCUACAAGCAUGGAAGAAAGCUAUUUACUCCGAUCCUUCAAAUUUCACUAGCAAUUGGGAGGGUCCUAAUGUAUGUGCCUAUAAUGGUGUCUUCUGUGACAAAGCACUUGAUGAUCCAAAGAUCUCUGUUGUUGCUGGGAUUGAUCUUAAUCAUGCAGACAUCGCGGGACACCUCCCCGUGGAGCUUGGUUUCCUAGCUGAUGUUAGUCUUGUUCACAUUAAUUCUAAUCGGUUCUGUGGAAUCAUCCCCAAGAGCAUUACGAAUCUUAAACUUUUAGACGAGAUUGAUUUUAGCAACAAUCGUUUCGUGGGGCCAUUCCCUAAGGUUGUGAUAGAGUUGCCAAACCUUAAGUACCUUGAUCUGAGGUUCAAUGAUUUUGAAGGAUCAGUUCCUUCUGAACUAUUUGACAAGAAUCUUGAUGCCAUCUUUAUAAACAAUAACCGAUUCAGUUCCAUCAUCCCUCCAAAUAUUGGCAAUUCCAAUGCCUCGGUGGUGGUUUUGGCUAACAAUAAGUUCCACGGUUGCAUCCCUCAUAGUAUUGGCAAAAUGGAAAACACAUUAGAUGAGCUUGUUUUCACGAACAACGAUCUCUCUGGUUGUGUGACCGAAGAGGUCUCUAAGCUCAAGAGCCUAACGGUUUUUGAUAUUAGCGGAAAUAAGUUCGUAGGAUCCUUGCCUCAGGGUUUGAAAUUCAUGCAGAAAGUGGAAGUACUUGAUAUCUCAUCCAACAUGUUCAGAGGACAAGUUCCAAAGGCUAUUUGCACCUUACCAAAUUUGGCUAAUUUGACUUUGUCUAAAAAUUAUUUUGAAGCCUUGGAUGAAGGUUGUGCAGCACCACAUCCAAAAGAUCUAGUUGUAGAUGAUAAGGAAAAUUGUCUAGGAGGAAGACCAGAUCAGAGAAAAGAGAAAGAUUGUCAAUCUGUUUUGAGCAAAAUUGUGGAUUGUAGUAAAGAUAAGUGUAGAUCUACCGGUGAAGGACCAGCGCCAAAGAACCCAAAAACCCCUAUGCCACCCAAGAAAACCCCUUCCACCCCAAAACCACCUAAGAAUAGCCCACCCACACCUGUAUCACAGCCACCACCAGUCUAUUCUCCACCAUCACCAGUACCAAGUCAGAAACCAAAGCCACCACCAAUGCACUCUCCACCACCACCAGUGGCAUCACCUCCCCCACCAGUACCAAGUCCAAAACCAAAGCCUCCUCCAGUUCACUCUCCACCACCACCAGUGGCAUCACCUCCCCCACCAGUACCUAGUCCAAAACCAAAGCCUCCUCCAGUCCACUCUCCACCACCACCGGUUGCAUCAUCUCCGCCACCAGUGCCAAGUCCAAAACCAAUUCCACCGCCAGUCCACUCUCCACCACCACCAGUGGCAUCACCUCCCCCACCAGUCCCAAGUCCAAAACCAAAUCCACCUCCAGUCCACUCUCCACCACCAUCGGUGCAAUCAUCUCCGCCACCAGUGCCAAGUCCAAAACCAAUGCCACCUCCAGUCCAUUCCCCACCACCACCGAUGUCAUCACCUCCACCAAGUCCAAAACCAAUGCCACCUCCAGUCCAUUCCCCACCACCACCCGUGUCAUCACCUCCACCAAGUCCAAAACCAAUGCCACCUCCAGUCCAUUCCCCACCACCACCCGUGUCAUCACCUCCACUAAGUCCAAAACCAACUCCACCUCCAGUACAUUCCCCACCACCACCGGUAUCAUCACCUCCACCUCCAGUGCCAAGUCCAAAACCAAUGCCACCUCCAGUCCAUUCCCCACCACCACCGGUGUCAUCACCUCCACCAAGUCCAAAACCAAUGCCACCUCCGGUCCAUUCCCCACCACCACCUGUGUCAUCACCUCCACCUCCAGUGCCAAGUCCAAAACCAAUGCCACCUCCGGUCCAUUCCCCGCCACCACCGGUAUCAUCACCUCCACCUCCAGUUCACUCCCCUCCACCGCCGGUUCAUUCACCACCACCUCCAAUCUUUUCUCCUCCUCCCGUCCACUCCCCACCUCCACCUAAACCUGUUCAAUCACCACUUCCUGCUCCUUUGGUAUCUCCCCCUCCACCUGUUUUCGAGGAAGUUGUCCUUCCUCCACACUUGGGCUCAAUUUAUGCGUCACCACCACCACCAAUUUUCCCUGGUUAUUAAGGGGGAUACAUCACUAUUAUUUCUCUUAAUUAUCUUAACAACAUUGUUAGUUCAAAGAAGUAUGUACACAUCGACAUUUAAACAUGCACAAUCAAGGAAAGUUUAUUUUUAUUAGUUCAUCUUAUUCUUUAUCAUUGCACUUCAUUGUAUUUGGAUGAUCAUGGAUGUUCUAAUUGAACAAAGUACGUUCACUUUACUUCAAUGUAUAUCUUACAUUUUGAACAUGCUUC